CUCCAUAAACCAUCACAAGCAACUUCCACAUAAAAGCAACUCUCUCUCUGAUAAAAGUCCAAGAACACAAACAAGUCAGCUACUACAAUGUCAAUCUCAAAAGUCUCUCUCUGUCUGAUCUUUCUCACCUUCCUCACUUCUCCACUUGUGCUAUGCUCUCGCAGCCCAAAAAUGGCGGUAGCAGAAUCAGCCGCAAUAGAGAAGAAGCUCCAGAAAACGCAUGUUCAUCCUCCGGUAUUGCCUGUUCCUGAAUCCACCGAGGUUUAUUCAUCACCCUCCAUGGUCAAGAUUGAUGAUGAACCUGCAACAAAUUCUGCGAUAUCCGGGUUUUUCAGGUCUAAAUUCCCAUUCCAAGGAUGGCCUUUCCACAAGUAUGGCUCUUUCCCAAUGGCUAAGCCUGCAAGUCCUUCUGUUCCUACCACAACACCGGCUACUGGAGCUGAGGAAGAGGAAUCUGAGAAGGUGCCUUCUUCACCAAGCAAAGGAAACAGAGAUGGUGGCAACGCAUGAUUAUAUGAAGACAAGAAAAUGUACUUACUACUAAAACCUUAUCGUGUUUAAUGACGGUUGAAUCUUUAUCCACUAAUUUUACAUAAAUGUAUCGAAUAAAAAUGUAUCAUGUACUAUAAAUGCUAUGUGACAUUUUACAUGGAUAAUGAAAUGAAUACAAUUAAUCUUA